GAGUUUUUAUUUCAGUAACUCCCUCUGAGGAGUAUACGACACCCUGCCAGGGAAUCUUUGGUGCAAUGACUUGGGGUUUCAAUACCUGUGGCCCAAACGAGGCUUUGGUUGUUUCAGGAUGUUGUUACAGUCGGCCUCUGCUCGUUCCUGGUGGCAGGGUGUUUGUCUGGCCAGGAAUCCAGCGAAUCGACAGGAUGCCACUCAACACAAUGACUCUCUUAAUCGAGAGCCCGCGAAUCUACACACAACUUGGCGUUCCAAUCACAGUGACAGGUGUGGCUCAGGUCAAAGUAAAUGGAUCCAACAGGGAAAUGUUGGCCGCAGCUUGUGAGCAAUUCCUCGGUAAAUCGGUGGACGAAAUACGAGAGGUGGCACAGGAGACUUUGGAGGGACACCAACGCGCCAUAAUGGGUAACAUGACAGUGGAAGAAAUUUACAAAGACCGAAAAAAGUUCUCCAGGGCCGUUUUCGAAGUGGCGAGCUCGGAUCUAGUCAACAUGGGGAUCAGCGUCGUGAGCUACACCUUAAAGGAUAUUCAAGAUGACGAGAACUAUUUGCACUCCCUUGGUUUGGCGCGUACUGCUCAAGUAAAACGCGACGCUCGCAUCGGUGAGGCAGAGGCUCGUCGCGAUGCUGGGAUUCGUGAAGCUGACGCCGAACGAACGCGUGUUGCCGGUCGUUUACUUAACGACACCGAGAUCGCCAAGGCAAAGCGAGAUUUCGAACUGAAAAAUGCAGCAUUUCAGAAGGAAAUACAAGCACGAAAGGCUGAGUCGGAACUGGCUUACGAACUGCAAGUGGCCAAAACGCGACAACAAAUUAAGGACGAAGAAAUGCAGGUUAUGGUCGUUGAGCGUACGCAACAAAUUCAGGUGGAAGAAUUAGAAAACACUCGUCAGCAGCGCCAUCUUGACGCCACCGUUCGAAAGCCAGCAGACGCCGAACGCUUCCGUCUCGAACGUCUGGCCGAUGCGGACCGCCUUCGCCUGAUAGCUGAGGCUGAAGCCGAGGCCGAGUGUAUACGACUUAAAGGGUUGGCUGAGGCAGAAACCCUUGAACUUAUAGCUAAAGCUGAAGCGGAACAAAUGAUGCGAAAGGCAGAGUCGUGGCGCGCCUACGAGAGCGCUGCCAAGUUGGAUAUGGUACUGCAAGUGCUUCCCAAAGUAGCGGCUGAACUCAGCGCACCUUUGACUCAAUGCGAUCGUGUCACCAUGGUUUCCACCGGAGAUGGAGAAAUUGGCAUUUCCAAACUGACGGGUGAAGUGCUCUCUCUGAUGGCCCAGCUGCCUCAGGCUAUUCAGCUCAUCACCGGCGUGGAUAUCGCGAAAGCCAUGCGGGCAUGUAGUUAACCUCAGUUCUGCACAUUGCAUUCUUCCGUACUCCUUGUUUUUAUCUUGGCUUUUUGUCCCAACAUCGUUGUCUAACUUGUAUCUAUUUGAUAUCGCACAUAAACUUUGUUUUUUUACUAGCAACCCAUAUCGUUCGCGAUGACCUACUUUCCGUUCUGUCACUCCCUAUUUACCUGUUCCUUGUCUUUCAAAGUUUAUUGCUUAUUAUCGUUUACAGGCCCCUUUAUGUGAUUCCUAAUGUCAUUCAUAUGUCCGAAAAAUAGGUGAUUAUUCUCGUGUUCGUUUCCGUCCACACUCGUUAUCUAUUGGGCGGUCCCGAAAUCAACUGAAACUUUAGCACAUUUUUCAGUAAAUAUUGUAAACCAGUAACAAUAUUUACGCAAUAUAAUGUCUAUUGUUAUA